UGUGUUUGCCUCGCGGGUAAGACCUGGUGUCUUACACUGAGGAGGACAGUCUGUCUGAUUUUGACGACCUGGUUCCUUACCUGGUUACUUUACUCGAGAGGGACUCAAAUAAGGAAGUAGUCCUAGAAGUCUACGGGGUUUCCCACAGUGGACCCUGCUGAACUGCCAACUCUUGAUUGAUUCACCAAUCGGUUGCCGACGUUGACCACUCAAUUGGCCUCAUACUCUGACUGAAGCCGAAACCCCAAAUCGACUGUGUUUAUGAAGAAAAGCUCUUCAUCCAGUGACCGGUAAAUUUCUUAAACCAACUUGUGAAUCUUUAUUUACUGCAAUAAGUGGUUCUCCGUACAUCGGGGUCAGGCACCCAACACAGGCAAUCCACACAGUGAUACCAUGUGGCACCCGGAACAGUGUGGGAUGGAGAUGAAGCCUGAAGCUUCCAGACAAUGUCGAAAAAGGAAGCACCAGGAGGAAGGAGGCACGGACACGGAGUCUGAAGCUUUGAGACAUGGUCGAAAAUUGAAACUCCAGGAUGAGGGUAGAACCGAUUGGAAGUUUGAAGAGUCCAGCAAGGCUCAGAAGAGGCUAGCUCAGGAACAGCAAGAUGUAUGGCUUCAGAGUGAACAGGCAGUCAUGGAGCAGCCACGGAAAGCCCGGGAAGAGAGGCCAAGACAAGUAAAGAUCCUAGACGUGGCCAAGGGUCCACAGGAGCAGGCUGUAACCGGGAGAAAAUCUCCUGAUGGUGGCAAGGGCCUUAAGCAGCCCUAUUGGGUCAUGAAGGAAUUUUCUAUAGACCACCAUAGGAUAAAGUACCAAAAGGUACAGCAGAACCUUCAACGCAAUGAUGACAUGAUCUCUGACCCACCCAGGGCUCACAGUUCACUUAAGGAUAGUUUGAAGGUUAAAGGGUGUGUGGAAGAACACAGUCAUGGACACAGAACAACUAAGUGUGAUGCUAUUCAAUCCACUCUUGUUGCCACAAGAGAAUGUCUGUCACCAGACAAAAUAGUAAAGAUUUGUCCAGAAGAAUCUUCUGAUACAAAGAAGAAAGCUGGAGUAUACUUUGAAGAAAGAAGGGGACACCACUUGGAGUCUGACUUGCAAGGAAUACAGGCUCAAAUCCUGCAUAGUGGCAGCCGCAGGUUACUUCCCAACAAGACGCCCAUAUUUCCAACAAAGGAAAAGCCUGUUGCAGAGGAAGGACAGUUCAGAGGAACAGAUGAAGUCUGUGAUAUUACCGAGGACAUGGAAAAAGAAAUCAAGAAGGCACUAGGUCCAGGGCCCCAAGAGGAAAUCUUAAGUAGUGCAUUCAAAUUGCGCAUUACUCGAGGAGAUAUCCAGACCCUAGAGCCUGGUGAAUGGCUCAAUGACCAGGUAAUGAAUUUUUACAUGAAUCUUCUGGUUAAGAGAAGUGAAAAGGAAAGCUACCCUGCUCUUCAUGUGUUUAUCACGUUUUUUUACCCUAAGCUAAAACAUGGCGGCUACAGUGCUGUGAAGAGAUGGACUCGAGCAAUGGAUCUCUUUGAAAAGGAAAUUAUUUUAGUGCCUAUCCACCAGAACGCACAUUGGAGUCUGAUAGAAAUCGACCUCAGAAAACAGAGUAUUAAAUAUUAUGACUCAAUGGGACACACAGGACAGAGCAUUUGUGAGACCAUCUUUCAAUAUUUACAAAAUGAGAGCAAGACUCGAAGGAACAUUGAGCUGAACCCUUUUGAGUGGAAGCAAUACAGCAUGACAUCAGAGGAGAUUCCUCAACAGCUGAACGGGAGCGACUGUGGCGUGUUUACCUGCAAAUAUGCAGAUUACAUUUCUAGAGACCAACCUGCCACCUUUUCUCAGCAGCACAUGCCCAUCUUUAGGAAGAGGAUGGUAUCGGAGAUCCUGCACAGUCACUUACUGUAACAACCUCCUCCCGGUUGCUAUGGCACCCAUGUACUUUUCUAUCGAUGCCUCUCUAUACCUCAAGCAGGAUGGCUUGAAAAUAUUGAAAACAGAUACUGAGCUGUCCAACAGGCAUGAAUCCCACUCUCUUCAAUGUAGUCCUAACUUGGGGAGUCUCGCCCGGUGCGGCCUAUAGGAUGCAUGUAACUACCGCAAGCAUAGGAACUGCUGUUCAACCCACGCAAGAACACGUUUCAAUAUAUUGUCUAAUGCUGGAUUUAGUUUAUAAAUUGUUUUUUUUUGUCUUCUUUCCCCUCCAUGAUAGUUUGUUUCAUUAACUCAUUUGUAAACCUUGGCAGUUGUCAAUUUCUAUUAUUAUUAAUAUUAUUUCUAUAUUCUAUUAUUUUUUUGUUAUUAUUAUAUCUAUCAACUGUAUUCCUUGUUUGAACUGUUUAUCCCUGAAAGGCAUGUCCCAUUACAGUGCUAUCUCCACUGGAGAUCAGGAGGGACAACAACAAGAGGAGGCAGGCAGUGUCCACUAGAAUCUCUAAUGCUGGUGAUGGAGCUGCUAAAUUGAAGCUGGGGGGUUUUGUGUAUUUUUUUUAACAUUUGAGUAUUCAUGAAUUGUACCAAGUGAUUCUUUUCUGACUCAUCAAACUCUAUUAGACUUGCCUAGGUAGUAGACAUAUAUGACCUUAGUAUGUGAUCACGCUGCUGCCUGCCUGUCUUGGAGUCAUGUAGACCUGUGUGACUAUAGGAUGUGGUCAAGCUGCUGCCUAGCUGUCCAGGGCUCAACUAGACCUGUGUGAUCAUAGGAUAUGGUCAAGCUGCUGACUCCCUAUCCAGGACCCAUGUAGACCUGUGUGGCUCAAGGGUGUGGCUAAGCUGCUGCCUGCUGUCCAAGAUUUAUGUAGACCUGUGUGGCCAGUGGAUAUGGCCAACUACUGCCUGCUUGUCCAGGACUGUAAAGGCAAGCAUUAUGGUCAUCCAAAUACACAGGCUUUCCCAGAAUUAAUGGGUCCAGCCUUAGUUUUGGAAGCUGAUUGAAAAUAACUGUAAUAGUAAAUAUCCAUUUUUAUCUCAGGUCUCAGUGAAUCCCAACCUCAGGUUUACUGGGAUUGUAUUGAAUCAGUUGAACAGUUUUAUUUAAUUUAAAGUUAUGUUUGUUUACUUGAUUUUUAGAUUACUAUUAUUAUAUUCAAUUCCCACUGUGGCAGUGGGGAUUUUCUAUUUAACCUUGACAUUGCCAAUUAUAGAAUAAUCAAUUUCAUGUUUGAUAUACUUGUAUCUC